CCACGCUGCAGGAGGAGGAGGAAGCGUGGAGCCCUUUUGUUACCUGUGCUAGAGUACCUGGCUGUUGAUAGUUAGGAACAAGGACCGGGUCUGAGAUGCCUUCAGAUAACAGGAGCAGCGUUGUGCAGAGGCUGUGAACAAAACAAGGCUGCCUGCUCACUGCAGUGCUACUUUCUCUACCUGCAAGGCGCAGCAAAUGGGAAUGUUAAUUAGGCUCCACAGUGAGAGUGAGGACGAAUAGGAGGCACUUCCUCCAAGAACCCAUUCACCUUCCAAGUCCGACCCUCUCUCAAGUUUCAUUUUGGACUCCUCAGCCACCUUUCAGUUCGUCCUCCUCAGCAUCUCACCUGUUCGGACUGAACCAUGGAUUGCACACGGUUGAAGAUUUCAAACGCGCUUCAGCUUCAUGUCGCGGGGAAAGGGCGCUUCACGUGCAUCUGGAAGGGUUAGAAAAGCUGCCAAUGUGACGGAGACGCGUGACCACUUCAUGUUACAGUGCAUGGCCUCGGGGAAAAGUGGACACGAUCAUGCACAAACCCCUCCGAAAGCGGAGUCUCUACGUGUUGCUGUGUUUUGGCAUCAUCUACCUCAGACUUGGGGCCCUGUCCUCGGUGGUGGCUCUGGGUGCAAACAUCAUCUGCAACAAGAUUCCCGGGCUGGCACCUCGCCAACGGGCCAUCUGCCAGAGCCGCCCAGACGCCAUCAUUGUUGUGGGCGAAGGCGCUCAGAUGGGCAUCAAUGAGUGUCAAUACCAGUUUCGAUACGGACGCUGGAACUGUUCGGCUCUGGGGGAGAGGACAGUCUUCGGUCAGGAGCUGCGAGUAGGCAGUCGGGAAGCAGCGUUCACGUACGCCAUCACAGCAGCAGGUGUGGCCCACGCCAUUACAGCAGCAUGCAGUCAGGGCAACCUGAGCCAGUGUGGCUGUGACCGGGAGAAGCAGGGCUACUACAAUCAGGAGGAAGGCUGGAAGUGGGGAGGCUGCUCGGCUGACAUUAAAUAUGGAAUCGAGUUCUCUCGACGCUUCGUGGAUGCCCGCGAGAUUAAAAAGACUCCACGUCGCCUCAUGAACUUACAUAACAAUGAGGCGGGGAGAAAGGUACUAGAAGAAAGGAUGAAGCUAGAGUGUAAGUGCCACGGUGUUUCAGGCUCCUGCACCACCAAGACCUGUUGGACUACACUUCCAAAAUUUCGUGAGAUUGGCUACAUUCUCAAAGAAAAGUACAACGAAGCGGUGCAUGUGGAGGUAGUCCGGGCUAGUCGACUGCGCCAGCCCACCCACCUAAAGGUGAAGCAGACUCAGGGCUACCGCAAGCCCAUGGAGACGGACCUUGUCUACAUUGACAGGUCGCCCAAUUACUGCGAAGAGGACGCAGCAACGGGGAGCGUGGGCACGCAGGGACGCCUGUGCAACCGCACCUCGCCACAUACAGAUGGCUGUGACCUGAUGUGCUGUGGGCGGGGAUACAAUACACACCAGUACACCAAAGUGUGGCAGUGCAAUUGUAAGUUCCAGUGGUGCUGCUUUGUCAAGUGCAACACAUGCAGUGAGAGGACGGAGGUGUUUACCUGCAAAUAAAGGACGAGGCAUUCUCAGUGCCGGGAAGUGAGGCGCCAAGGACCAGCUGAAUGAGGAAGACUGAAGCAGCCGAGAUAAUAGUGUGACAAGGACCAGAGAACGAGGUGGAAACAAAAGAAUGGAAUUACACUAUCAGCUCUUCAUGGCAACGUUUUGCACAGCAGAAUCUAUCUAAUUUCUUUUCAGAGAAUAAAUGCUAAGUAUCAGUAGGUAAUACCCCAGAACUUUACUGUCACAUACAGAUGUGCUCAUGUACUGAUGGAUCCAUAGUGACAUUGGGACUUCAUGUAAUGAAUGAAUGAAACCCUUUGUGGGAACUGUGCUUUGCACUCUUGGAUUUGCAAUAAAAUUUCUCAAGAGACUUGUGCAUGGAAGGGAAAUUCAGUAGCCUGGGAGUUGAUCAAAUGACAUCAGCUGAUGUGACUGGGAGAGAUUGCUCAAGUCUUUGAUUGAAACCUUUAAAGGUUUGGUUGUAAUUUCACUAAAGGGGAGCAAAGGCAAAUAUUGACAUGAACGACUCCAAAAUAGACUGGGGCUCAUGUUGGAUGUUUGUAGAAAUUAAGAACAUUUUGUAAUAUUGGUGCGUCGGUGUGCGCCAAAACCUGAGUGGAGAACUCUGUUAAACCCUCUGCUGCCAACUGGAAUAUGGUGGAGUUUGUUAGUUUUCCAGUCACACUGGAACUGUCUGUUCUGAACACUGAAAUAAAUUGUUUAUUUAUGUUAUAGUAUCUUAAAACGAAGCACUAACGGGUAGAGAUGUCUUUUUUUGUACUAAGUGUAAAGAAAAAUACUUUUUAGAAACUCUGACUGAAAAUGUGUGUCUAUUAGAAAGUGACCCCGCGAUCCUUCAAACAUCUCAUUUGUUUUUUCUUGAAAAGAAAAAAAAGGCUUCAAUGCUGCUGGUGUGUUGACAACAAAAACAUCAUUACAGUGUGUUUCACAUUAAAACACCUUGGUUCUAUUUCAUGUAGCAUAGAUUGUUUCCAGUACUUUUCCUAAAAGCGGUAUCAUCUAUUUGGAUGCUUUUGCAAUUUCAGCUAAUAGACGGUAGCAGGGAGAUGCAUUUAACUGCUAAGAUCCUUCAUCAAUUCAUUAAACAUUAAACUGAUAUGUUGCUGGAUAUGUUGUCGAGUGCUGCACUGAUAUUUCUACUCAACUACAACUCAUGAGAACUUAAUAAACACCCA